GGCAGCCGGACUACCAGGCUGGGCAGAAACUACAAUUCCCAGCAGGCAGCGGGGCCGCAGACGACGGCUGCGGAGGAGAGCCGGCUGGCUGGAGAAUUCUGCGCGCGCUCCUGGGAUGGAACGUUGAUAGAGUUCGCGGGUUUCGCUGCAGCAAGCCGGGGCCGCACGCAGUGCGCCGCACGCAGUGCGCCGCCGCGCGCCAAAGCGGGAAUUCGGGGGGCGGGCACCUCUGCAAUUAAUGCACGCAUUUAAAACUCCCGAACCUGCGGACGCCAUGCACAGGAAACACCUCCAGGAGAUACCCGACCAGAGUAGCAACGUUACCACCAGUUUCACGUGGGGAUGGGAUUCUAGCAAGACUUCUGAACUGCUUUCAGGCAUGGGGGUCUCCGCCCUGGAGAAGGAGGAGGUGGACAGUGAGAACAUCCCCCAGGAACUGCUUUCAAACCUGGGCCACCCACAGAGUCCCCCACGAAAACGGCUGAAAAGCAAAGGAAAUGACAAGGACUUUGUGAUUGUCCGCAGACCUAAGCUAAACCGAGAGAACUUUCCAGGUGUUUCUUGGGACUCCCUUCCAGACGAGCUGCUCUUAGGAAUCUUUUCCUGUCUGUGCCUCCCUGAACUCUUGAAAGUCUCCAGUGUUUGUAAGAGAUGGUAUCAUCUAGCGUUUGACGAGUCUCUCUGGCAGACUGUAGACCUCGCGGGCAGAAAUCUCUACCCAGAUGUGGUUGGUCGGCUUUUGUCCCGAGGGGUGGUUGCCUUCCGCUGUCCACGAUCAUUUAUGGACCAACCGUUAGUUGAACAUUUCAGCCCUUUUCGUCUACAGCACCUGGACCUGUCGAACUCUGUGAUCGAUGUGUCUACCCUGCAAGGCCUUCUGUCUCACUGCUCCAAGUUGCAGAAUCUCAGCCUCGAAGGCCUCCGACUUUCAGAUCCCGUUGUUGAUAAUCUUGCUCAGAACACAAAUUUACUGCGACUAAACCUUUCUGGGUGUUCUGGAUUCUCUGAAUCUGCCCUGAAGACUUUGCUGAGCAGCUGUUCCAGAUUGGAUGAACUGAACCUCUCUUGGUGCUAUGAUUUCACUGAAAAGCAUGUACAGGUGGCUGUUGCACAUGUGUCAGAGACUAUCACCCAGCUGAAUCUCAGCGGGUACCGAAAGAAUCUGCAGAGAUCAGAUGUCUCUACCUUAGUUGGAAGAUGUCCCAAUCUUGUCCACCUAGACUUAAGCGAUAGUGUCAUGCUGAAAAAUGACUGCUUUCCAGAAUUUUACCAACUCAGCUACCUCCAACACCUAUCACUCAGUCGGUGCUAUGACAUAAUACCUGAAACUUUACUUGAACUUGGAGAAAUUCCCACAUUGAAAACACUACAGGUCUUUGGAAUCGUACCAGACGGUACCCUUCAACUGUUAAAGGAAGCCCUCCCUCAUCUGCAGAUUAAUUGCUCCCAUUUCACCACCAUCGCCAGGCCGACCAUUGGCAACAAGAAGAACCAAGAGAUAUGGGGCAUCAAAUGCCGGCUGUCACUGGAGAAGCCCAGUUGUCUAUGAAGCCUCUAUUGCAAGGUGGUGUCUCCUCUUUUCUUUGAACAGGGAAAGUAAGCAGGAAGCCCAGUUGUGGAGAGCUCAGCUAUUUUUAUUCUUGGUUUUCUGUUGCAUUCCUUCUACAAGUAUAUUCGAGAACCAUUGAAGACAGAAAACUACGAAGUGUUUGUUGCUUUUCAGAAAUGACUAUGAAAGCUUUUAUCAGCUAUACCUUUAAGAGCCUCAGUUCUACGCUUUUUGAAAUUUUAGGGAGAGUGAGCCUAUAAUUUCAAGAUACCUUAAAUAGCAAAAUUUGAACCAUGUCUUCCAAGUGCCAUUCUUCAUAAAUCUAUUUAGAAUCAAGCUUAAAAAUCACCACCAGCAAAUCAUUUUCAUAGCCUAUAUGGCAACUGAACAUUCUUCUAUUUAAUUUUUCAGCACUGCUUUAUUAUAAGACAUAGGUUGCAAAAAAUAAUAAGCUAUUUGUAUUGUAAGCUGAAAAGAAUGAGAAUCAUAGAGUAGAUCUGCAGCAAUCUUCUGAGGAUGGCAAGAAAAACAGACAUUUCAACUGCACCUUUAGAUUCACAAUCUGGAUGAUGGAAACAAAUAGCCCCAGGUCAUUCACCUUAAAACCUAAGAAACAGUCGGCCAACCAGAGGUGCAGAAUUGGUAUAGAAUUUAAAGGCUCAAGAGACAGUUUUCUAUGACAGUUAACCUGGGGUAUCCUCUAAUGCACAUUAAUGAGGUCUCCUUUAUGUACAGUUGGGAAGGUCCCCUGGAGGAGGAAAUGGCAACCCACUCCAGUAUUUUUGCCUAGAGAAUCCCAUGGACAGAGGAGCCUGGCGGGCUACAGUCCAUGGGGUCGCAAAAAGUUGGACACGACUGAGCGACUAAUAUUUUAUUUCCUUUAUGUACUGUGUUUGCAGCGUUCUGGAUUAGCUGAGGAAAUUGAAUUGUGGACUUCUGACUUUAUGAUCAAAUUAUGUUGACGUGGGUUCUUUAGCUUUUAAAAUGACUCACUUUGUUUUAGAGAGGUAGGAACCAGUCACUUCUUUGAUUCUUGAAAUGUUGGAUGGAAUCCUGAACCGCAGAUGCCUGCGUUUUCCUUUUCGCUAAGGUUCUCAAAGU